AUUGCAUACUUUACAACAAAAAGUGCAUGCUUUAAAAGAAGCGUUUUGCUUUUACAUCCCAUCUAUGUCAUGCGAAUGCGAAUAAAUCUGUAGGAAACCUUUAUUUCGAAGCGUUAAAGCUUCAGGCUGGCUGGAUGCAGCAGGGAUUUUCUGUCUAAAUUAAAUGGCAGCAGGCAGACAAUCAUGUGAACGAUUGAAAGAUAAAUAAUCAUGUUUGCUGCAUGGAAUAAUAAUUUUAAAAAAUAAUGGUUAUUUUCCGUUGAACAGACUCCACAUUUCAAGUCAGCUAUUUGUGCAAUUACGACUUAUUUCUCUGUCGCGCGACUUGGACUUGGCUCCUAUUCAGUGCUGAAGAUUGGAAGCUAGCUGGUCAGGUAGCGACAAGCAGCCACAUCAGCACCGUUGAGAUUUCAUUAUGGCAGAUAGUAUCAUGAGCAAGGCUGCUACCAUGGAGAUCCCCAUUAAUAGCAAUGGAGAUACAGGGACUCUCCCAGAGGAUGACAGCUUGGAGCAGGAUCUGCAGCAGGUGAUGGUGUCUGGACCCAACCUGAACGAAACCAGCAUUGUAUCGGGAGGUUAUGGGGGGCCUGCAGGAGGUAUCAUUCCUACCAGCUCUAUCAAAGGGCCUGCAAUUCGCUUCAAUCCUGAGUAUCUGGACAGAAGACAAGCCUCUGCACCAGGACCAGACAUUCGCAUGAAAUCCAGGGGUGUUAACUUGCCUAACUCUUCAACCAGUCGACUUGUUCAUCACGCAGACCAGCAUCCAGGGUCUUUAAAUCAUAACACUAAUUCAACUGAAGAGCUUUCUCGUGGUGUGGCAGUGGAGAAAUUGGACAGUGUAAAGAAAUGGGGCAUUAAUACAUACAAGUGUACAAAGCAGAUGUUCUCGGAGAAGUUUGGCAGAGGCUCACGAACUGUAGACCUGGAACUUGAGGCUCAGAUUGAUGUGCUGAGAGACACCAAGAGCAAGUACGAAAACAUCCUAACCCUGGCAACUGCACUCGUCACCCAUUUUCAAAAUAUGGUGCAGACGCAACAGGCUCUAGGAGACACAUUCACUGACCUGAGCCAGAAGUCUCCAGAGUUACAGGAUGAGUUUGGGUAUAACGCAGAAACACAAAAGCUGCUGUGUAAGAAUGGUGAGGCUCUGCUUGGUGCCAUUAACUUCUUUGUGUCCAGUGUGAAUACCCUGGUUAAUAAAACCAUGGAGGACACUUUGAUGACUAUCAAGCUGUAUGAAAAUGCAAGACUUGAGUUUGAUGCAUAUCGUUCUGAUCUGGAAGAGCUGAGCUUGGGUCCAAGGGAUGCAGCAGCCAUGGUUCGUAUUGAGAUGGCUCAGCAUGAGUUCCAGAUCCACAGAGAAAAAUAUGAAAGGCUUCGGAGUGACGUCACCAUUAAGCUUAAAUUCCUGGAAGAAAAUAAGGUGAAGGUGAUGCAUAAGCAGCUUCUUCUCUUCCAUAAUGCAAUCUCAGCUUAUUUUGCUGGCAACCAGCAGCAGUUGGAACAAACUUUAAUACAAUUCAAUGUAAAGGUGAAGCCCCCAGGAUCAGACAAACCAUCCUGGCUGGAGGAGCAGUAAUGAGCACACAAGAGUUCAGCUGCUUAGCGUAUACAGUUGCACCCUGAUCAGUGAGAACCGUGACAUGUGGAUAGAUGGACAAAAAUGAAAUGGUAAAAGGAGUAUAUUGUAGGAUCAGAAGCAACUGGAGAUUUCUCGUUUUUGUAAUGUUUUUCCACUAUGAUUUAUUACAUUGAUGACAGGAUUUGUUUUGUCUAAAUCUCAACUUUCUUUUGUCAUUUUGUUACUCUUUAUAGUUAGCACAAUCAUUUGAACAUAAAUCACUUUAUUUAAGUACGAGAUCAUGGUCUAGUAGGGGAGAUUCCCCUAUGCAGUUUUUGCACAUUAUUUUGUUGUUGCUUUUUUUUUUUUAUGUUGUCUAAAGAUAUCUUUGUCUUUUCUGUGUAUAUCAAAUUGGAGGAACUCCACAUUGAAUUAGUGAAUAAGUGAGACACUGUUAUGAGAUAUAGCCCUUAUUUUCUGAAACUUAUUCUCCACUUAUUUGCAGUUUUCACUGAAAAAAAUAUCAGAAUAUGGCAUCUUUUUCUAAAAUUAGCCUACUUGCUUUUUACUCUCCCUUUUAUGGAAUUCCUGCCUAAAUGCUCUAAUAAUGUAUAAGAUCAAAUAUAUUGGCAAUAUAUUCAUUUUGUCUAACUCACUACUUUGGUCUUCUAAAUUUUGAAACUCUCAGAUACAUUAUGUUGUUAUGAAUGGAGCAACGUGUAUUUUUCUUUUAUUUUUCUCUUCAGAUGGAAACACAUUGAAACAGACUUAAAGCAGAUGUACAAUUUAUGUUUUCCAGUUUUUGGCAUCAGUGUAUUUGUUUGAUAUUUGAAUACAAAAUGCUAAAUUCCUUACUAUUAUAAGAGAUCUAAAUCUAAACAUAGCCACUAUUUGUUUAGUUAUAUUACAAUAGAAGGUGCCAUUGUGCAACUAUGAAGUCUUAUUCUUCAAGUCUCAGUGCCACAUGCACAUUUCAUUUACAAAUCUCUGUCUUUCCAAGAUAGAAUGUAUGAGUACAUUUGUCAUAUUUUGUGUUAUUCAUUCACUUCUUUGUAACAUGGCAUUGUAUGUUACUGGUAUUUCUUUAAGGUUCUAGUCAGCUGGUUGUGUUUAUCUUGUUCUGCAUAUUCAAUAAAGUGCUGGAUGUUUUAUUUCA